CCGUCGCGCUGCUUUGCGUUCUGGCAGGACUUUCGCAAGUGCUACCUGACGGCCGACGAGCCGUCCGAGUGCUCGCUGCAGAAGGAGGACUACCUGGAGUGUCUGCACCACACGAAGGAGCUGGAGCGCGCGCAUAUGAUCCAGCGCCGCAUGAUCGAGGUCCAGCAUGAAGAGUCGAAGCGGGCACGCGAGACAGUCCGUCAAGACCAGUCGCAGGGUCUUCGCCUCGGCCUCAUCGACCCGAACGCAGAGUCGCCCGCAGAGCCCGAGGCGCCCAAGGCCUAG